UUAGCGCUGGCUCCUCCUUUGGAGACCCGGAAGUGCGUGGUGGCGCGCCGCUGUUGUUAUGUGUGAAAUAUGAGCGGCUUUUAUUCGUGUCUACAUUAUUUGUAGGAUAAUAACAGAAUGGCAACUGCAGUGGCAGCAGCACCUGUCACACUCACGGAGCACGACAGUGAGCGGAGCGUGAGCGAGGAGGGGAGCCGCGAGAAGGAGGCGGAGGAGGAGAAAAGCCCGCCGCCGGAGCCCGCCGCCGUUAGCCACAGCCGGCUGUCCAAACUACCGCUGACCCGCAUCAGGGCGCUCAUGAAAACAGACCCAGACGUGUGUCUCGCCAGCCAGGAGUCUGUCUUUAUCAUCGCCAAAGCCACGGAGCUUUUUGUUGAGAUGAUUGCCAAAGAUGCCUUGGUAUACGCCCAGCAAGGGAAGAGAAAAACCUUGCAAAGGAAAGAUUUGGAUAAUGCAAUAGAGGCCAUAGAUGAGUUUGCAUUUCUUGAAGGCACUCUAGAUUAAAGUCUGCUUCAAGUACACUUUAAAAACAGAAAAUCUGAAACAAGUUUCUCCUUCUGGAAGAUGGUUUACCGUGCAAGCAUCUUUGAUACUUUUGGAAUUUACAUUCUCAAAUUGGAUAUUUUCACUUGUUUUUUUAAUGCUAUUAACAUGUUUCCAUACAUUUUAAAUGUAACUUGCAAUUUUUUUUUUCCAUCUGGGGUGGCCACAGCAGAUCCAAUGUGGAUAUGCAUAUUGAUUUGGUACAAGUUCUACUCCAGAUACCUUUCCUGACACGGCUCCAUGUUACUGUGCUUGGAGAAUGGGCACAAGGUGGCCUGUUUUGAAAGUAACUGCAGUAACCACCUGGCCACUGUGCAUCUUUUUUUUGUAAAUAUGUUAACUAUUACUGUAUAAUGUUAAUAAAUAUUGCCCUUCAACUU